UUGCUCAGAAUAAAUUGGUGAUUGUUUUGUUUUGUUAUUUUUAUUUAUUAUUGCCAUUUUUAAUUUCAAUUUCAAUUAAAUCAAUGUAUCCAAGUCUAAAUUUUUGUCUGUGAUUAAUAGCGUUUAAAUAAUCAAAUUUGAUCUUUGUAUAUUAUUUGUUGUUGUUGAGGGUUAAGUAACUCUAUUGCUAUCUCAAUAAUCAUCAUCUCUUCAAUUGAUCCGAAUGUGUUUACACCUUGUCAUAUAUUGAGAAGGCAAGAAAGAUAUUUUCAGUGAGAAGACAAAGGAUUACUUAUUUCUUUAUUUCUUCAUCUUCUGGAUUUAUUAAUUUUUUUUGUUCUUUACGUUUUAUUUGACCUGGUUUUUUCACGUUCUUCAUAACAAAUUUUUCCUGGUUCUGGGUCUUUGUUUUCUUCGCCAUUUUCCCCUUUCUGGAUCCUUUGUGAUUUUUGGUUCGUCUCGCCACCAGUAACAUUCUUUACUUUUUUCACCUUUUAGCCCAUCUGUUUGGGUUUUUGUGGCUUCUAUUGUUUUCAUCUCAUUCACCUUUUUUCUCCAAUCAUGGAUUCAAAUGAAAAUCCUAACAGUUCGUUUAAUACUUCAUCUCCAUCAUCUUCUUCAUUGACAUCAUCUUCUUCAAAUAAAAUACCAUUGGAGUUGGACACAUCCGAUGAGUGGACAAUUAUUUCUGUUUCACCCUCAAAAGAUGAGAUUAAUGUUGCCCAAGAAACGGACUUUUUUGUACACAAAGAUGACCAGAGUGACAUUGAGGAACUUGAUGAAACCGAAGAAAACCAAUUUUCAGGAAACUUAUCAAAUUUACACCCGUCAAAUGAAAAUAUUGCUUUAUAUGGACAAUUAGAGAACCAUUCAGACAAUGAAACGGAUAAAACUAAAUUUGACCUGAUAGAGUCAACUCCACGGUUGAGUAGACGGCGACGUUUAAGCUAUGGAAGUACUUCAGAGGGUUUUUCAAAUGAAUCUGACAUUGAACCUGUUCGAGUUUCUCAACCCUCUCUCUAUCCAGUAAUGAUUGGAGAAGAGUCAUCGUCUCGAAUGCACAAAGAAGACUAUGGUGAUGAUAUUGAUGAUACUGAAGAUAUUGAAUUAGACGAUGGAAUUAUUGAUCUCAGUCUUAUUGGAAAUCGUACUCGGGCUUAUACCCACACACCCAAUUCAAAUGUUAACCUAAAAUUGAAUCUCAUGGUUUGCUUUGCUAUAACCGCUGGUAUUUUCAUGGGUUUGGGAAAUUACAUUGGCUAUAAUAGCAAUGAAAUCAAAGACGUAACUCCACUUGAAGACAAAAUCCAAGAGUUACAGGAAAUGUUAGACAGUGAGAAACAUGAAGUAAAUAAGUGGAAAGCAAUGUAUGAAGAGAUGCAUGCUAAAUUGGAAUCCAUUUCAUCUCAGCCUGAACCAAUUGACGAGUCUUUAGAAGCAAACUCACCAAGCAAUGGACGGUUUUAUGAAUGGUUAGGUGAUAUGGACUUUUCCAAUAUUGUUGGCGACAGUUUUUCCAGUGGUUCCAAGAUGCUUGUAGAUGCUAUGAAAAUGAUUGUUGAAAAAGCUAUCGAGACACAAACUAUGAUUCCUGACUCUAUGCAUCAAAAGAUUAACUCAACCAUGGCAGCUUUGAAUAGCUUACAGGAUAAAAUAUGGGAAAAAUGGUCAGAGGUUAGAAGGAUUGAAUUCAUGGCGGAAAAUCCUACUCCUGAAUAUCAACAAGUUAUGAAGGAGAUGACGGAUUUACUUGCGGGCAGCUUGAGAAAGAUUCAUGAUCUUGGAAAUAAAUUUGCCACCAAUCUUAAACCAGUUCCUCAGAAAAUUGAAAAAUUAACUUCAAAAAUGUCCAAGAUUAUGGAAAAUUUGGAGAGCAAAUGGCGAAAAAAUAAAGAAAGAUUGUACAAAGUUGGUUACUCUGAACCAGAAGAGGAAAUAGAUGUUUCUGAUUUAAAAGAAAUCGAUAAUUGGUACAUUUCAAGAGCUAAAUCAAGGCGAACCAAUCAAUUGUAUCCCUCUAAAGAUGGCGAUAAACGAAGCUGGUUAUUCAAACGUGCUCGAGAUCGUGAAGCUUUACGGGUUAAAGGUGACCAAGGAAUCAGAGGUCGUGGUCUUUAAAUGUGUUAUAAUGUCUUAUUUUCAUUUUACAUCAAAUACAUAAUGUUACUGUUAAUAUGAGUUAAUAGUAAUCAACUCAUCUACUCAUAUUAAUUUAACUUGAACGAUAGUUUUGAACAACAUGCAUAAAAUGAGAAACCUCAUGUGAAAAUCAAAAAAAAUACGGAAUCAGCUUACUGAAUGUAAUCUUAUUUACUCAUUUUAUUUUUGUCCGAAAAUCUGCUUCAUCUACUUUACUUUUGACGAAAUGUUCAAAUGCCCUUUUGGGUUAUAAUUUUCAUUUAGUUUUGUUAAAAAAAAGUCAUCUUCACCUCAUUGUGAUCAUCGUAAAACCAUUUAAAAUUGUCAUGUCUUAGCAUUACCAUUAAUUUCAUCAAAAUUUCAAAUCUGUAUUCUUAUUCAUUUUUCAAUUAGUUAACCUUUACUGUGAAUUUCAUUUUACCAAUCAACAUGAAUGUUCUUAAAUAGAAAUGAUGAGAAAAGGGAAAAGAUUAUGUGUUCUUUGUUUAACCUUUACCCCUUAAGAUCCGUCCUUUUCUCAAGUAUAUGACAUUCACCCGAUUGUCAUUAAUUGUUCAUUCACAUGAGCACAAAAAAAACAGAAAUGAAAUAAAAAUAAAACUAAAAAUACAA